GGCAAUUGUAUUCUGCACAGCCGCCGACCAAGUACCGUACCUGGUAAUAACUAUUAGCUGUGAAUGUGAUAGCACUGCCCGUGCCGACCUAUCACGACUGGACCCCACCCCAGGUUACGCCUUGCGCCCCGCUAACGGAUUGAAGCAACCAGCCAUCAUCAGGGUCUCACUGGAAGCUCACGGCAGCAGAGGCCAGACUCUUCGUUCUCACGAACCGAAGAACCAGGCAUCUGCAACGACGCUGUGAGCCGACUGUGAUCACUUUAUCAGACCUGUUUCUCUCGACACCAACCAUCGAUACUUGUAUAAGGUCCAGUAUUUGGCCUAUACAAUUUCAUCCAUCCGCAAAUCGCAUCUCCGCCCAAGGAAAACAAACCACGAUUCCAGCAAUGGAGAGCAAUUUCUCCAUGAUUCGUCGGCGCACGUCCGACUUGCUCCAGGAUGCCAAAGGCAACAUGCCCUCCAAGCUUCCGCAGCUGCCACAAAUACCUCAGAUGCCCCAGAUCUCGUCGCUAAGCUUGAGGGGCAAGGAGCCAGGCAUGAAGGGUACUUGGGAGCGCAUUCCUCUGCCACCCAUAGAUCGGUCGUCCCACUCGAUCAAUGUCAUCUCAGGUGCCGCGUACAUCUUUGGCGGUGAGAUCAACCCGCGCGAGCCCGUCGACAAUGCGAUGCAGGUCGUGAAGCUGCCAUAUAGCAUGGCUGGCGCGGACCACUACGCUGUCGCCGCAAAGGCAGCAGCGCCCGAUGAAGCUACGCAGUCGCCUGCCACGGAACUGCAGCCGGAGCCAGAGCCAGAACCUGACUUCCAGACACCUGCUGAAGAGCCCACGCAAGGAGACUUGGACACUGUGGAUCUCAAGGAGGAGGCCUCGCCCACGGAAAAGAGCAAGGGAAAGCAGCCGGCUACGUACGCCUCGCAGGCGGGCAAUGUUCCAGAGGCCCGGGUAGGACAUGCCGCAGCAUCCAUUGGCAGCCGCAUCUUCUUGUUUGGAGGACGUGGCGGCCCUGAGAUGAAGCCGUUGGAGGAAGCGGGACGUGUCUGGGUGUUUGAUACGAGAACCAAUACGUGGACCUACCUCGAUCCCGUCCCGGCCGUCAAGGGGGGCACAAUUGUGCCGCAUCCUGCGGCGCGCAGCUACCAUUGCGCCACCGCGACAGAUAAACCUCGAGAGUUCGCCAAGCCAGCCCCGAAGCCGCCGCAGAACUGGCGACAGAGACUCGUCGGCGAUACGUCCAAGACGGGCAUCCCGCAAGACCCCAUCGUGGGCAACGUGGCGGAGAAUGCGACCGACCUCGAGUCUGACGGCUACGGGACCUUUAUCGUCCAUGGCGGAUGUCUUGCGAAUGGCGAGCGUACCAACGACAUGUGGGCAUUCGACGUCCGCACCAGGAUGUGGACAGAGCUACCCGCAGCACCGGGUCCCGCUCGCGGCGGCACGGCCAUCUGUAUCAGCAAGAGUCGAUUGUUCCGGUUCGGCGGCUUCGACGGCCAGAACGAGAUUGGUGGACAGCUUGACUUCAUCCACCUCGAAGUUGAGGCGUUUGACGACAAGGCCAACAAAGGCGAAGUGGCCGUCCACGCACGAGGCACCUGGCAGUCCAUCAUCCAGAACAACCUGGACGCUUCAUCUGAAGAUAUUCCCAUCGAGCCCGCGCACCAAUGGCCGGCGGCUCGCAGUGUCAUGUCCUUCCACGCAUUGACAAUUGGUGGCGGCCGCGAGUAUCUCGUGCUAGCCUUUGGUGAGGGCUCGCCCAGCUCCGAGGGCCACGCCGGUGCUGGCAAGUUCCACAGUGACGUGUGGACAUUCCAAGUGCCACCUCUAGGCAUGACACCGGCCAGCUUCACCAGCGCCAUGUUGCAGGCCGUCGGGCGGAAGACGGGCGAGGGCAAGUGGCUUCGGGUAACGACAUCACCAUUUGACGAGGACAGCUUUGACGAGCCCGAGCCGCGGGGGUGGCAUGCGAGUGCUGUCAUGACUGACUUGGAAGAGAGUGCUAUCGUUGUCUGGGGCGGGUUGAGCGAGGAAAACAAGCGGCUAGGUGACGGCUGGAUUCUGCGUCUUGGUUGAACCGGAACUGUUUUUGGGUCGGUCGGGUCUGAAGAUUUGAGCUGAUAUGAUCCGUCGCAUGUCAUGAUCAAAUCUACAAAUGGGAGA